GGUGCGGACUUUGGAAUCUGCACGCCGACUAUGGACUUUCAGUUUGGCCGGGCAGAGUUCAACCGCAAGGCUACUGAGGGAACAUUCUUCCCUACCGACCCAAACCUCAUCGCCAGCACCGGCCAGACCGACGCCUUGAACCCCAACAUCAUUACCAACUUCAUCUGCAACCAGCUCACCAACGUCUGCCAGGCCAACCAGGCUGCUAAGGAUGCUUGUGCGAGUGCCAAGGCGACGGUAGCGAGCCUGGGAACCAAGGACCAGACCACGGCUGAUGCUUUCAACUCGGCUCUGGGUUUCUAA